UCUUUCUUUUUUUUUUUUUUUUUUUUUUUUUUUUUUUUUUUUUGUUUUUUUUUUUUUUUUUUUUGGUCUUUUCCUCUUUUUUUCCCUCUCUGUGAACCCUGCCCGUUUUACAAACCCUAGAAAUUUUCUCCGAUCAAUCAAUUGAAUCGGGUUUUUGGAAUUUAUAAUCCUAAUAAACGAACAUGCAUAACCAGAGGCUGAAGCAACAGCAACACCAGGCCUUGAUGCAGCAGGCUCUACUUCAACAACAGUCUCUUUACCACCCUGGCCUCUUAGCUCCACCUCCUCAGAUUGAGCCAAUCCCAACUGGAAAUCUGCCUCUGGGGUUUGAUCCAAAUACAUGCCGCAGUGUAUAUGUUGGGAACAUUCACACACAGGUGACUGAACCACUUCUUCAAGAGGUUUUUGCAAGUACUGGUCCUGUGGAAGGCUGCAAGCUUAUUAGAAAAGAAAAGUCAUCCUAUGGGUUUAUUCAUUACUUUGACCGUAGAUCAGCCAGCCUUGCUAUUUUUACUCUUAAUGGAAGGCAUCUGUUCGGGCAGCCUAUUAAAGUCAAUUGGGCAUACACCAGUGGUCAGAAAGAGGACACAUCAGGCCACUACAACUUGUUUGUUGGUGAUCUUAGCCCUGAAGUUACUGAUGCCAUGUUGUAUGCAUGCUUUUCUGUUUACCCGAGUUGUUCUGACGCUAGGGUUAUGUGGGAUCAAAAGACUGGUCGUUCCAGGGGGUUUGGAUUUGUCUCAUUCAGAAGUCAGCAGGAUGCGCAAAGUGCAAUAAAUGAUUUAACUGGGAAAUGGCUUGGCAGCAGGCAGAUACGUUGCAAUUGGGCCACAAAAGGUGCUGGUACCAGUGAUGACAAGCAGGAUUCGGAUGCCAAAAGUGUAGUGGAACUAAUGAAUGGCACCUUGGAAGAUGUUAAAGAGGCUACAAAUAGUGAUAUACCCGAUAAUAACCCUCAAUACACCACAGUGUAUGUUGGUAAUCUUGCUCCAGAGGUUACCCAGGUUGAUCUCCAUCGCCACUUCCAUUCCCUUGGUGCUGGAGCAAUCAAGGAAGUUCGAGUUCAGCGUGACAAAGGAUUUGGUUUUGUAAGAUAUAGUACCCAUGCAGAGGCCGCAUUGGCCAUUUCACUGGGAAAUAAUCAAUCAUUUUUCUUUGGCAAACAAAUCAAGUGUUCAUGGGGAAACAAGCCAACUCCAGCUGGAACAAGCUCAAACCCUCUCCCACCACCUGCACCUGCACCUUUUCCGGGCCUUCAAGCGACAGACCUUCUGGCUUAUGAACGGCAACUUGCAAUGAGCAAGAUGGGUGGCAUACAUCCUUUGAAGCAAGCAUCUUUGGGAAUGGGUGCUGGUACUAGCCAAGCCAUCUAUGAUAGUGGUUUCCAGAAUGUUGCUGCUGCUCAGCAGUUUAUGUACUACCAAUGAUUUAACUAGAUUGGAUAUCAUGUGAAGAUCCUUCGAGUGCCCAUUUGGACUUUGUACUUUGUAGGACGAGUUUCUAAUAUUUCUGUUUUGGGCUGUUCCCUGACUUUAUAUGCUUGCCCUUGUGUAUUGUUACACACGUUAUGUAUGCAUGAAUUGGUUAUAUAGGAUGUGCGUGCCAUUAUUGAAA